CUUUUUUUGCGGGCCUCCACAGCGGGAAACAGCAGGCAGCUCUUGGAUCGUUUGGUUUAACUCGCUAACCUUGGGAACGGUCGAUACCUCCUAUCCAUUCUAAGCCUCGCGACCCGCGAGAAACCUCACCACAGCCAUGUCUCUCAACAUCCCAAAUGCGCCCAACGCCGGCCUUUUCAAGGGCGGCUAUAACAACUACGAUUCUGAAGAUGGAGCUGUCCUGCGCAACAUCGAUGCCUGCCGCGCCAUCUCGUCGACGGUCCAGACAUCGUUGGGUCCCUAUGGCCGCAACAAGAUCGUCAUCAAUCAUCUCCAGAAGAUGAUCCUCACCUCCGACGCAGCCACCAUCCUCCGCGAGCUCGAUGUUGUCCACCCCGCCGCUAAGCUUCUCGUCAUGGCCAGUCAGCAACAAGAGUCCGAGAUGGGCGAUGCCACCAACCUCGUCAUCGUCCUCGCUGGCGAGCUUCUCAAGAAGGCGGAGGAGCUUCUGCGCAUGGGUCUCAAGACAUCUGACAUUGUCACUGGGUACGAAAGGGCACAGAAGAUUGCUCUCGACUUUCUUGAUGAGCUCGAGAUUGACAAGGUGGAGGAUAUCCGGACCCAGGACGAACUGAGCAAGGCCAUUCGCACCGUCAUCGCCAGCAAGCAGAACGGCAACGAGGAGUUUCUCUCCAAGCUCGUCGCCGAGGCUGUCCUCGCCGUCCUUCCCAAGAACCCAGCCAACUUCAACGUCGACAACGUCCGCGUCGUCAAGAUCAUGGGUGGCAGCUUGGAGCAGAGCCGUGUCGUCAAGGGUAUGGUCUUCCCCAAGGAGCCCAACGGAUCGGUGAAGAAGGCCAAGAAGGCCAAGGUCGGUGUCUUCACUUGCGCCAUUGACACCAGCCAGACCGAGACCAAGGGCACAGUAUUACUACACAACGCCAAGGAGAUGCUUGACUUCACAAAGGGCGAGGAGUCACAACUCGAGGCUGCUAUCAAGGAGCUAUACGAUGCCGGCAUCCGUGUCGUCGUUGCGGGCUCUACAGUUGGCGAGCUGGCCUUGCACUACCUCAACCGCUACGGCAUCCUGGUCAUCAAGAUUCUCAGCAAGUUUGAGCUCAGAAGAAUUUGCAGAGUGGUUGGUGCCACACCACUUGCUCGUCUUGGCGCUCCCAUGCCUGACGAGAUGGGUACCAUUGACGUGGUGGAGACACAGGAGAUUGGCGGUGACCGGGUGACGGUUUUCAGACAGGAGGAUGAGGCCACGAGGACAGCCACCAUUGUGCUCCGUGGAGCUACUCAGAACCAUCUCGAUGACAUUGAGCGUGCCGUUGAUGACGGUGUCAAUGUUGUUAAGGCCAUCACAAGGGACGCCAGACUGGUGCCUGGUGCUGGUGCUACAGAGAUUGAGCUUGUUGAGAGGAUACAGGCUGUUGGUGACAAGACUCAGGGUCUUGCGCAGUACUCCAUCAAAAAGUAUGCCGAGGCCUUUGAGGUCGUGCCAAGGACCCUUGCCGAGAGUGCUGGUUUGGAUGCCACUGAGGUUCUGAGCAGAUUGUAUGCUGCCCAUCAGAAGCAGGAUGGUUGGUCUGCGGGUGUUGACAUUGAGAACAACGACGGUACCUUCCUCCUGGAUGCCGAGGAGGAGGGCAUUCUCGACUUGCUGGUGACCAAGCAAUGGGCCAUCAAGCUCGCCACAGAAGCUGCCCGGACGGUGCUCUCUGUGGAUCAGAUCAUUGUUGCCAGGCAGGCUGGUGGACCCAAGCCUCCUGGACCCAACAAGAACUGGGAUGAGGACUGAGGGAUGUGCGCAUAGCAAAAUUACAAAUGCUUGUGUGUGCUGGGUGGGAGUAGAAAAAGGAUCAAAUAACUGGGCG